GCAACACCGACAAACCUCAUCCCGAUCCACUCCUGCCGUCACUACCACCUCCACCUCCUCCCCCAGUCUACUUCCUCUCCCUAAUAGCCUGGCGCCUUGGUCAUCAUGGAUUUGCGCACCAUCAUGAAUAGCGAUGCCGCCGGCACCGCCAAUUCGCAACCCCAGAAAUCCCCCUCGUCGCAACCACCGCCCGAUCCGAACAGCUAUCCUCCCCGCGAACACCAUCCGGCGGCGCCCUCGCCUACCUAUCCAUCGGCCUAUCCCACGCAACCACCACCGCUGCAACGGACACAGACGGCUCCCGAACGCUCCUCCUCCUACGGUUCCCUCCAAUCGCCCUACCAAUAUCAAUCCCCCACCGCCGUCGCCCCCGGCGCGCAAUCCCAGCGCGGUCCCAGUCCGCCGCCGCCCCCUUUUGCCUCCUCGGGGCGUGACGUAGACAGCCCGUCCGCAACCACCGCCUAUCCGUCGCAACCCUUCUCCUCCUCCCAGAGAUCUUUGCCAGGAACCCCGCGAGGGUCGGCGGCGCCUCUCUAUUCCCGUCAGACCCCGCCCUCCGCGCGACCGCAGUCCUCCGGGUAUGAUUCGCGCUCAAACCCAUCGUCAAGCCCGUGGGUAGGCUCCGAGGCGCAGCCCAACCACUCCCCAGUCGCCAUGUCGCGCGCGUCGCGAGCCGAUUCCGGGCCCAUGGACUAUACCACACGACCGUAUUCGGCCAGCAGUGAGCGACGGGGGUCGGACGAGAGCGUGAGUCCCAAGACCGCCUAUCCGCCUGGCUCCGGCUCCGGCUCCCGGCAAGGAAGCGCGGCCGCCCCCCAGCGCAGUCCCGUCGAAAAUGGCGCCCCGAGGCAUGAGAACGGACCAUAUGGGCCCCCGUCGUCGCGCGGGUCCCUCGUCCCGGAAGGCCCCCCAGUCGUCGAACCUCCCCCCGCGAUGCCGCCGAAGCAGGGCCCCGAGUCCACCGUCCAGACCACCGCCCCCCGGCCGCCCAAGCGCAAGCGGAGACGAUUCGACGAUCCCCCCAUCUUCGCGCGACGUGCCGUCCGCACCAAAGGUCGGUGCCCGAUCAUCCCCAACCCGCUCCCCCCCGUCCCCAAACAUGCGCGCGACUCCCCCCAAAACCCCUGGCUCGUGCGCGAGCGGGCUCUGUCCGUCCCGGAUCCGAUGGCGACGGCGACCCCGUCCCCGGCGAGGACCAAAGCCACCCCCACUGCUCCCACCGCCCCCGCCGUUCCUGCUGUCCCCGCUGUCCCCGCCGUCCCCUCCCCGGUUGACGGGCCACCCGCGGCGUCGCGACCCCCCGACCCAACUCCGGCUCCGACUGCGGCUCCGACUGCGGCUUCGGCUCCGGCUCCGCCUGGCAGUCUGGGCCCGUGGGAGCCCUCCAUCACGGGCUACAUCCCGUACGAAGAGGUCACCAAGACCGUCUGUGACUUCCUCUUCCGUCAUGUGGUGUUACGGAACGAUGCCGUGGCGGCCCCCGCCGGCAGCGCCGCCGUGGGUCAAGGCGCCAUAAUCGAAGUGGAAGCCAAGCUGGGACAGUUGAUCGACAUGGACCGCCGGGACCGUCUGCAACUGCCGCUUCUGAGCGAGAGCGUUCUCCACAAGGAGGGUUCUCGGUUCCGGACCUCAUUCGAGAGUACCAUGACAGUGGCCCAACACCGCGCGAUGAACAACUUCCUCAACGAAGCAGUCAAGGCAUCUAUGCCACACGUGAACCCCGGCCGAAUCCCGCUCUCCUACGCACACAAGAAAGAGCGCGACAUCUUCUACGAGGUCUCCCCCAGCGAGCUCCCGCCCGUCAUCCGCCAGAAUCUCAAUCCGCGACACAAACCCAAGGUGCGCGUGACGGUCGACCAACGCACCGGCGAGAUCCUCGCCAAGAUCGUCAAGUGCCGCGUCGCCGACUUGGACGUCUACAGUCCCUCGACCUGCGUCGACUGGCGCCUCAGCGUCAACCUGGAGAUCAACUACGAGGGAGACGUCAGCCAUCUACCCGUGGUGGAAACGACGCACGGCCGGGGCGGCGAGCGCAACAAGGACCGGAUGAGUUACCGGCACUUGGCGUACCAGGUCGAUCUGACCCAGGUUGCCAAAUCAGAGCCGUCAGCCAAGGGCGAGUUUGAGCACGAGCUAGAAGUCGAAAUCUCCGCCGCGGAAAUCCGUCGACAGGGACAACUCGCUAUGGCGGGCGAUCCAAAGAACCAAUACGAAGAUUUGGUUAAAGGGUUUGUGGAUAACAUAAGGGUAUUGGCGCGUGCGGUUCCUCCAUGAGGAUUAUCCAUCUUUUUGAUCUCUUUCUUAUAUUUCUAUCUUUUUUAUUAUCAAAGUUAUGCAUUCACGGGAUUCUUGAUCAUUGACGUUUGAAUAAUACCGGUCUUUCCUUUUGUCUUUUCUUCUUAUCUUUCUGACUUCUUUUCUUUCUGUUUCUUCAACUUCUUUCAACACCUCGUGCGAUCUCCUCUAUCUAUCUAUCUCACCUCAUUUCUCUUGAUCUACAUAUUUCCAUCUCUAUCUCCGAUUUCUCUGGUUCAGCCUUGUUUUUCUUCUCUUCUCUUUGACUAUUAAUU